AUGACCAACGCAAUGAAGCAGGACUGCGUCCUCGCGCCUACCCUCUUCCGCCUCAUGUUCUCUGCCAUGAUGAUGGACGCCUAUCGUGAUGAACGCCACGGGAACCGCAUCGCCUACAGGACGGACGGCCACCUGCUCAACCACAGGCGGAUGCACUUCCAGUCGCGUAUAUCCACAAUCACCGUCCACGAACUUCUCUUCGUCAAUGACUGUGCCCUCAACGUUACCUUGGAGGGAGACAUGCAAAGGAGUAUGAACAUCUUCGCCGCUGUCUGCAAGAACUUCGGCCUGAUCAUCAACACGGAGAAGACGGUGGUUAUGCACCAACCGCCACCCAACGCUGCCCACAUUGUGCCGCAUAUCAGCGUGAACGGAACUCAACUGCAUGUGGUAGACAACUUCGCGUAUGGGCAGCACCUUCUCCAGCGCCACCAAAAUCGACGACGAAGUUGCUCGCCGCAUUUCCAAGGCCAGCCAUGCCUUCAAUCGUCUGUAGAACACCGUCUGGAACCGUCACGGACUUCAGCUCAGCACGAAACUGAACAUGUACAAGGCGGUCAUCCUACCAACACUACUGUAUGGAGCGGAGACCUGGACUGUGUACAUGAAGCAGGUACGCAGACUCAACCAAUUCAACUUCAGUUUUAUUCGACGGAUGCUGAAGCUUAGGUGGUAGGAUCGGAUUUCCGACACGGACAUACUGGAGCGGACGGGAAUCUUCAGCAUCUACGCCAUGCUUACACAACUGCAUCUACGCUAGACCGGCCAUCUCGUGCGGAUGGACAAUGAGCGGCUACUUAAACGAGUCUUCUAUGGAGAUGUCGCCACGGGUUACUGUUGUCAAGGGAGCCAAAUCCGUCAAUACAAGGACACACUGAAGACUCCCUUAGAGCCUACGCAGAUCAACCCGGCCAACUGUUGAGACCUCGCCCGAAACCAACCGACCUGAAGGAGGGCAGUGAUGACAGGUUGAGCGAUUUACGAGGCGACCCGUAUCGCCGCCGCGAAAGCCAAACGAGAAGCACGCAAAUCUCAGCUGCGCUCCCCUCACAACGCCAACGCCCAAUCGCGUCCAAGGUGUCCACGGUGUCAGCGGACAUUCUGAGUGCCAGUUGGACGUGUUGGACCCCUUCAGACCAACUGCAGCACUCGGACUGCGCCAACCAUCAUCUCUCCGUCCACCUCUCCCUCACCUUCUACGCCGUUAACUAACUCUGACCGUCCUUCCGAACCACCACUUCCAUCCUCCUCCUCCUUCUUCACCACCACCACCACCACCACCACCACCACCACCACCACCGCCUCAGCGUCUACCGCUGUGACGCCUACCACUCCCGUCAACACUACACACAAUCCUGACAUACCGACAAACACCAACGCCACACCGUUGACACCAGUGGUGAGGACCUGGUUUAUACCUGUCCUCAUUGCGUCCGCAUCUUCACCUCACACAUUGGCCUGGUCAGUCACUUGCGAGUCCAUCGCAGAGACUGGCGAACCAGUGCCUGGAGCACCAUCCUACACAUGCCGCAUCUGCCUCCACUGUCCAAAUUACACUCGCACAUUUAUUCACCACAAGGGUCUAUUAGGUUACAUACGCGUCCACGAAAACCUGCGGUAG